AUGAUGAGUUCGGCCAACACUACGGCCAACGCUGUGUCGCCUCAACCCGUCGUAAUGGUGGCCAACAAUGGCCUGAGAGAGCCCGACGGGGACGCCAUCAAGAUGUUUGUCGGACAGAUCCCUCGCGAUUGGACUGAAUCCGAUUGUCGACGACUUUUCGAAGAGUUCGGCGAAAUCCACUCAAUCAAUGUGUUGCGAGACAAGCAGUCGGGUCAGAGUCGCGGCUGUUGUUUCGUCACGUAUUACACGCGUCGGGCGGCCCUUCAGGCACAGGACGCCCUCCACAACAUCAAGACAUUGACGUCAAUGCAUCACCCGAUUCAGAUGAAACCCGCAGACUCUGAGAACCGCAACGAACGCAAACUCUUCGUCGGCAUGUUGUCCAAGAAGUACACCGAAUCCGAUGUGCGACUCAUGUUUGCCGCCUAUGGAAACAUCGAGGAGUGCACUGUCUUGAGGGACACUAACGGCCAGAGCAAAGGGUGCGCUUUCGUCACCUUCUCGACCCGUCAGUGUGCCAUCAACGCCAUCAAAGCUAUGAACCACUCGCAGACUAUGGAGGGCUGCUCUUCGCCUCUUGUGGUGAAGUUCGCGGACACACAGCGCGACAAAGACGCCCGAAGACAACAGCAGCUAUUGAUGCAACAGUUGUGUCACUCAUCGCAGCCCAAUCCGGCGGCGGCCACUCUGGCAGCGGCCGCAGCCAACCCUUAUCUGGCAUUAGCGGCUGCGGCGGCCGCUCAGCAGCAACAGCAACAACAGGCGGCCCAACAGCAGAACGCAUUGGCAGCCGCGGCCACUCUCGCUCUGCAGCAACAGUUGGCCGCAACGAUGAACACCUCUCCUGAAAUGUCUUUGGCAGCGGCGGCCGCAACACUGGCCGCGUCUAACCCCAUGAUGUUAGCCGCUCUCUGCGGAAGUGCGGCCAACAAUUCAAACAACCCGACCGGCAAUUCGACACCACAACAGCAACACAUGAACGGCUCGAAUGACAUUUACAACACAUCUCAGAGCCAACAGCACCAGACGUUUUCCAAUUUCGGUUUGGGUUCGGGUUCGGCAACUAUAGCCCAAUUGGCAGUACAGGCGGCGCAACACCAGAACAGUUUGGCUCAACAGCUGUCCCACAGUAACGGCAACGGCGGCGCCAAACAGACGGAAGGGCCCGACGGCGCCAACCUUUUCAUAUACCACUUGCCGGCAGAGUUCGGCGACACAGACCUGGCGUCCACUUUCUCGCCGUUCGGGAACGUACUGUCGAGUAAAGUAUUUAUUGAUAAACAAACAAAUUUAUCGAAAUGUUUUGGAUUUGUAUCGUAUGAUAACCCCAUAUCAGCACAAGCGGCCAUUCAGGCCAUGAAUGGCUUUCAGAUCGGCACUAAACGACUCAAAGUCCAACUCAAACGAAGUAAAGAUAAGCCAUAUUAG